CCAUCCCGGAAGUGCGCGUGGCGGCGGUGGCGGCGGCCGCAGCGGGGCUGGUAAGCGGGCGCGCGCCGCUCAGAGGAGCAGAGUUGGUGGCAUGUGUAGUUGGUGACCGCCUCUCCAGAUGCUGAGGUGCCUGUAUCAUUGGCAGAGGCCAGUACUGAACUGUAGGUGGAGUAGGCUGUGUCUUCUGAAGCAGUAUCUAUUUACAAUGAAGUUGCAGUCUCCCGAAUUCCAGUCACUUUUCACAGAAGGAUUGAAGAGUCUGACAAAAUUAUUUGUCAAAGAGAAUCACGAAUUAAGAAUAGCAGGAGGAGCAGUGAGGGAUUUAUUAAAUGGAGUAAAGCCUCAGGAUGUAGAUUUUGCCACCACUGCUACCCCUACUCAAAUGAAGGAGAUGUUUCAGUCGGCUGGGAUUCGGAUGAUAAACAACAGAGGAGAAAAGCACGGAACAAUUACUGCCAGGCUUCAUGAAGAAAAUUUUGAGAUUACUACACUACGGAUUGAUGUCACCACUGAUGGAAGACAUGCCGAGGUAGAAUUUACAACUGACUGGCAGAAAGAUGCGGAACGCAGAGAUCUCACUAUAAAUUCUAUGUUUUUAGGUUUUGAUGGCACUUUAUUUGACUACUUUAAUGGUUAUGAAGAUUUAAAAAAUAAGAAAGUUAGGUUUGUUGGACAUGCUAAACAGAGAAUACAAGAGGAUUAUCUUAGAAUUUUAAGAUACUUCAGGUUUUAUGGGAGAAUUGUAGACAAACCUGGUGACCAUGAUCCUGAGACUUUGGAAGCAAUUGCAGAAAAUGCAAAAGGCUUGGCUGGAAUAUCAGGAGAGAGGAUUUGGGUGGAACUGAAAAAAAUUCUUGGUGGUAACCAUGUAAAUCAUUUGAUUCACCUUAUCUAUGAUCUUGAUGUGGCUCCUUAUAUAGGUUUACCUGCUAAUGCAAGUUUAGAAGAAUUUGACAAAGUCAGUAAAAAUGUUGAAGGUUUUUCACCAAAGCCAAUGACUCUUUUGGCCUCAUUAUUCAAAGUACAAGAUGAUGUCACAAAAUUGGAUUUGAGGUUGAAGAUCGCAAAAGAAGAGAAAAACCUUGGCUUAUUUAUAGUUAAAAAUAGGAAAGAUUUAAUUAAAGCAACAGAUAGUUCAGACCCAUUGAAACCCUAUCAAGACUUCAUUAUAGAUUCUAGGGAACCUGAUGCAACUACUCGUGUAUGCGAACUACUGAAGUACCAAGGAGAGCACUGUCUCCUAAAGGAAAUGCAGCAGUGGUCUAUUCCUCCAUUUCCUGUAAGUGGCCAUGACAUCAGAAAAGUGGGCAUUUCUUCAGGAAAAGAAAUUGGGGCUCUAUUACAACAGUUGCGAGAACAGUGGAAAAAAAGUGGUUACCAAAUGGAAAAAGAUGAACUUCUGAGUUACAUAAAGAAGACCUAAAACUGAUGGCUACUAAAAAGCAGAGCAUUUCUGCCAGUCAUAACAUCAUUGUACUCUAUGAGCAAAUAGUAAUUUUGGACCUUGAUAAAACAAUUUUGUAGAGUGUAAUAUUUCUAAGAGGAAGUGUCACAGGGGCUAUGAUGCAAGAAAGCCUCAGAAAUGACUGCACACAGGUCAGUAAUUAGCUGCAUUAUAAAAUAAUACUUUGAUGUACUGCCAAAAUACAGAUUUAGACCCAACAUCAUAUAAUACAUACUAUUUCUGUAUAGAAAGUAUGCAGAUUUAGCUAUCAGGUCUGGUUUUGUCAUGUGUAAAACCAUUUUCAGUAGUAGUAUGUGUGUGUUUUUACAGAUCAGAAAAUUUUAUUUGCUAGUAAACAGUAUGGGACAUACUGAAAUUAUAACAUUUCAGGGAGGAAAAGGUAACUCAUUGUAACUUGUUUAGAUUUCAGCCUACAGAGAUGUAGUAUGCUGCUGAAAAGAACUUCCUGGGAUCCACUAUAGAGUAAGUAAGUUUUAGUGCAGUGUAAGAACUGUAUGAACAACCAGUGAAGUCAUAUAAACCCCAAAUUAUUAAAGUAGUGAAGUAGAGCUUAGAAAAAAUAAGGCAGGGGCAUAUCCUGAAUAGAAGCAUUCUUGAAUUUUCAUUUGCUCUAUUUACCUAAAUAUGCAUAAAUAUGCAAUGUGAUACUCAACUGAUUUCACUCCACUCAAGGCAUGUAUUUUGGCCUCAUAAUAUUACUAUAGUUUAGUUUGAGUAAACAUUUAACCUGAUUGAUUAGUUUUAAAGUAGCAAAGGAAUAUCAGUAAAACCAAAGUUAUCACACAAAUGUGGAAGGACCCACUAAACCCUUGAAUUAAACCCUUGAAUAUAAGCAAAGAGGUAGGUGGCAAAGCAGUCUUUUUAGAACUUUAAAAUUAUGAGUAGAUAUUUUACAUUAUUUGAACAAAGAACAUGUUUAGUUUCACGCUUAAGGUUUACUUACUUACAGAUUUUCUUCAAUUUACAUUGAACAAAAUACAGUAUCACGUUUAGCCUGGGUGAGGGGACAUGUUUUGGCAUCUUUUCCCUAUAGUAGUAGUUUUUGGUUCAAAUUAAUUUUUGAAAAAUAGUUUUUGUAUGGAACAGUAUAAAUGGGCUUAUAAGUUCAAAUACUGAGCAAAUACACAAUACUAUAUACUAAAACAGGCACAUAAAGGAAAUGACAACUAUUCGUGGGCUCAAAAAACUGCAUAUUAAAACUGCAUAUUUUAAGUAAUUUUCAAAAUUUACAAAUCAGUAUCUCAGAGAAGCUAAAGAAAAUGGAAAGGAACAAAGCCCUUUUAGAAUAAUAUACAUUGCCUUGCUUCUUUCAAAAAGGAACAUGUACUUGGAACCCUAGCUUUUGUUAUUUUAGAGCACUGGUACAGAUAUGCUGUCCCAUACAUCAAUCAAUCAAUCAAUCAGGAUCAAAUGAUUAGUUUCACAUUGUAGGAAUUUAAGAAGUUUUUUUUUUUAAAACAGGAAGUAAUCAUCUCAUCAUUUCCAAAGAUGUCUUCAUGUCCCAUCAAUGACAUGCUACCAGACAUAUCAGAUUCCACAGGAUAAUGGCACCAAACUACCCAAGUAGAUGUUUCUGGUAUUCUAGACGGCCAUUCAUGCUCUCCAAAAGUAUACUUAAAAGUUUCAAAUACAGUUGCACUUAGAAACUGCAACCCUCCAAGUAAUGUUGUGUUUACUUAGAUAUGUAUCAGAGGCAAUAAUUUCCAAAGCAGAUCUGAUUUUAGAAUAUAACCAAUUUGUUAGAUAACUAACUUUAUCUCUACCUCAUCUGUUUACAAGCAAAGUAUUACUUUGUCUGGACUUAUUUCAUCUUCAGUGUCUGGGAUCGUGGGCAACAGAGCAGAUCGCGUUAAGCCCCAAAAUUUUUGAGGUGACAUGUCUUUUUUGGUGGCCGUAAACUUCCAUCCAAUAUGGCUUGCACAGAUCUUACAUUGGGCAACAGUCCAGGCAUACCUAAGAAAUUAAGGAAAGAUAUCAGCUAAGGAAACACUUCUGUACCUAUCACAAAGACAGACCUUAGAGGCAAAUUCUAAGGAUUAAGGACAUAUUCUAAGUUGACAUCUGAUCCGUACAGUUCCCUGAAACCUAAAAACAUUUUCUAAUUUUGUAAUAUGUAUGACUUUUAUGCUCUUAAGCCAUGUUUACAUUUUUCUUCUACUGCAUAGAAAUAAAUAAAGAGUAAUCUCACGAAUUUCUUUAUAGAAAUUGCUGGUUGCCAAGACCAAUCCUAACUUGUACUGGCUUUUCCUUUGUUGUAUUGCAGUCAAGUUAGAAAACAGCAGUCACCUGCAGAAAUAAUGCACUUCUGUCGGAGUUUAACUGGAUGGGCCAGGAAGGACACAUCUCAAAAAAUAUUUAAAAACUACUAUUCUAAAAUAAGAAUGACUGUCAGAUAAUGCAACCAGAAAUACAAACCACGGCAUUUUGUUCUUAAGAUAAACCAUGUAAUUGCAACUGUUUCCUUAUUUUUUUCCCCUAGGUAUACCAUGCCACAUUUAUUUAUAGUAACAAAUGUAUUCUAGUUUUAAUCCUCACAUAGGGUGCCAAGUAAGACAGAUAGGGCAAUCCAAGUGACAUGGUCCUAAUUCCAGGGUAGCAUGUAAUCCCUUCUUAGCAUCCCUCUUUGAAAACUGAAGAUAGAUAGUACAGCUGAGGGAACUGAACAGGUUCCCAGGAUCAUAGAGAAUCAUUAAACUGAAGCAAACAAAAAGAAAGCAAGACUAGAAGAAAAGCAGGAUUCAAUGGGUUCUGCACCUUCUCAGUCUAUCAUUGCUUUGUAAACAUUCUCUGGUUUUACAUUACUACAGAAUAUGGUCCAGAUACAAAGUUUUACUGGGUCAUAAGACAGACAGCUGAUGAUUUUCAGAAUUCUGUGACUGACUGACAGAAAAAAACAAUUUUGGAUUUAACUGGAUAUAGUAAUUUGAGGACAACUGCACUUGUCAACCUUCCUUUCAUUCAAUGAUGCUAUAUAAAAGAUACAAAAAGUGCAACAGAUGUUUCUAGCUAUUUGUGGAAUGAAGGACAUUUAAGUAAAAUUACUUUUUUUUUGUUUUUUGGAGACAGAUUCUCACUCUGUCACCCAGGCUGGAGCACAGUGACACAAUCUUGGCUCACUGCAACACUUUGCCUCCCGGGUUCAAGAGAUUCUUGUGCCCCAGCGUCCCGAGUAGCUGGGAGUACAGGCCCCUGCCCCCACACCCGGCUAAUUUUUGUAUCAAAUUACUCAUUUGUCUACUUUUUAUUAUAAAGAUUGUGGCAACUCUACUUAGGACUCUGGAUUUUUCUGCCCAAUUAAGGUUAAAAAAAAAAGAAAAAAAAAAAAAAGCAACCACCACCAUAAUAUUACCCAGGAAACCAGCUGUGUUCCGUAGAAGGCCGGCCUAUCAGAUUCAAGUUGCAAGCCUUAUACACAGUAAGUGUCUCAUGCACAUAUCCAUGAGGAUUCACAUAAGCUGCCAUCGGCCCACAUAAGGAUAAACUAAAACAAAGAAUCAACAUGGAGAACAAGUCAACAUGAGAAGUCUAAUUCUAUUAAAUGCUUAGAAUUUUAUUGAAGUUCACCAAGAAAUGAGGUAUGAGCUAUAUAGUUUUUAAUCUUUCAGUUUUACAUAAUACCAGGAUCUUAGUAUGAAAAUGGGGUGGGGGUGUAGCUGGCAGACAGGCCUGUUUUGUCUAAAUGUUUUCUGUGAGGACCCAAAGAAAAUAGUACUUGUUUUUAAAACACUUCUCAAGACAGACAUUGUAAAGAAUAUAAAACUCAAAUGCUUCUAAAGGAGUCUGAGAGUGUAAGUAAGUGCAAUGACAAGGUCCUGUGUGGUCAUUUUGGGGCAGUUGAUUAUUUUGCAGGAAGCAGUUUCCUUACCUUCUUGAUUUAUAAGUAAGUCUGAUGAAUUUGUCAUAAAAUGAUUUUCAAACACUGUUACAUCACAGCAUCAGUAUGUGUUCAGAAGCAUGUCCUACUUUGGCCCUAUAUGGCAAAACUGAUGACUGAAAUGUAAUUUCUGAGGCAUCUAUGUUAGGGCCUAAUUGAAGACAGUCUAAUAUAUAGAUUGUCAACAAUAAUUAGGGGGAAAAGAAUUUCUCAGUUGUUUUACUUUACCAUGCUCAUUACCUGUCAAUAAUCCCUAACAUGCAUUGUUGCUCUGAGUACCCAAUCUGGAAGAUGGUCUUAGCAAAAGUGAGCUAAUUCCCUAUAUUUCAUUUGCUGAGUCUUUGUAACUUUUAGGUAUUGGAGGAAAGUAUAUAGAAAACAGAAAUAGUCCUGAUGAUAAUUCUGAUAAAACAAGUAUAUUAAAAAUGUAAUAAAGACCUUACCUGAAUAUUUCA